AUGACAAUAAUAUUUUUCAGUUUAGAAUCAGAGAAUAUGCGGGAUCUCUGUAUUAUUGCAGUGUUACUUUUCUGUUUUGUUUCGUCUCAAGCUAAGUCACCAGAGGUAUAUUUUCUUCAUGUGUCGUCUGAAAUAGACUACCGCUUUGCUAAGACGGUUGUUACCAGUAAGGUAGUUAAUAAAGAGCCAACUGCAAGCGAAGCCCUGUUUGACUUAACCCUUCCCAAUGAGGCCUUUAUAACCGCUUUUAAAUUAACUAUAAAUGGGAAGGAAAUUGAGGGAAAAGUUAAAGAAAAAGAACAGGCCAAACAGGAAUUUGAAGCUGCAAAAUCCAAAGGUCAAAGUGCAGGACAUAUUGUUGCCAAACCAAGAGAAACCAACAAAUUUCAAAUACAAGUCAACGUUGCUGCCACAGAAAAAGUGACGUUCGAACUGACAUACCGGGAACUUCUGAAGAGAACCAACGGACUGUACGACCAUGUCAUAUACAUCAACCCUGGGCAGGUAGUGGACGACCUGAAAAUCAACGUCCUAAUCAAGGAGACCACUAACAUUACGACAAUCAAGACUCCACCAAUAAGGAACGAUCUACUGACUGAUGGAUCAGAGGGAACCAAUGAGCUAGCAGUUGUUGAUCGCCUUUCUCCAACAAAAGCCUUCGUAUCGUAUGAGCCGUCAAGAGCCGAGCAGGAGUCGGGCAUUUCCGGCCAGUUCAUUGUCCAAUAUGAUGUGGACAGAAGCGACGACGCAGGAGAUUUGAUCUUUAUGGACGGUUACUUUGUUCAUUUCCUAGCACCAGAAGGGGUCAAACCAAUGCCGAUGGACAUUGUGUUUGUUUUGGACAAAAGUGGAUCAAUGGGAGGGACAAAAAUGACCCAACUCCAAGACUCAAUGAAAAAAAUUCUAGAUGAUGUGAAGGCAGAUGACAAGAUAAUGAUCAUAGCCUUUGAUUCUUAUUUGAGUUAUUGGAAAACAGACUUUGUUCAGGUUACACCUGAAAAUAUCAACAAUGCUAAAAAUUACAUAAGGAAUACACACGCCGGUGGAGGAACAAAUAUUGAUCUGGGAUUAAGAGAUGGAAUUCAGAAACUUACUCAGAUAAGUGGAAACAACGGACGUGCCCCGGUCUUAGUUUUUCUUACAGACGGAGAGGCCACUGUAGGUGAAACAAACACUGAACGCAUCCUGAACAAUUUGAAAAAGGAGAAUGAAGCAGAUAUUCCAAUCUUUAGCCUCGCGUUUGGAAGAGGGGCUGAUUUUGACAUUGUAAAAAGAGUUGCAGCGCAAAACAAUGGUUUUGCCAGAAAAAUAUACGAAGACUCGGACGCUGCUCUUCAAAUAGCGGGAUUUUACAAAGAGAUUUCCACCGUUCUUCUCAAGGAUGUAAAAUUUAACUACGUUGAUGGCACCUUGUACGACACAGAAGUUACCAACACAGAAUUUAAAACUUAUUUCAGGGGUUCAGAAAUGGUUGUUUCUGGAAAAGUCAAAGAUCUCAAAAAAUUACAGUCAGGACUAAUGGUAAAUGGGACGGGAAUUGGCAAUCAAGAAGUAGAGUUUCAGGUGCCUCCAAUGAGAUGUAUAAUUCUUCCAUGGCCCCCAAUACGACCGUUCCCAGUUCCAACCACUGCACCUGUUGUAACUACCAGAAACCCAAGCAUCAUGGAGAAGCUUUGGGCCUAUAUGACUAUUAAGCAGUUGUUGAAGCAGAAAGAUGCCCUGGAUUCACAGACAGAAAUAGCGAAAUUAGACGAAAAGAUUCUUCGGCUUUCACUUAAGUAUCAGUUUGUGACUCCUUUGACAUCCAUGGUGGUUACGCUGCCAGACAAGACCAAAGCAAAUCCUAGCGAGGUUCAAAGCUCGGAUAUGAAUAUGGACAUGGGCUCAUUUAAUGGUGGUAUGUCAUUGCCACAAGCACGUGGAGGCAUAUCACUUAGUUCAAGUGCCUUUGGAGUGCCAAACAUGGCGGCGCCAAAUGUAUUUGCAAAAAGAGGUCCAUCCCGAAACAGAUUUCGAAAUUUUCGAAGACAACGUAAACCCUCCUUUUUGGCGGCUUCAAUGCAGGCUUUCCCAGCUGCUCCUCCAAUGUCGAAUGCUAGAGUGAAGUCUGCACAAUCAAAUAAUUUUCAAAGCUUGAAUGUGAACAACUUCUUACCGACGAAUCCACCCUUUACGACAAUAACCCAGCCUCGCUUUGGAACCACAACAACAACUCCUAUAUAUACUACUACAACUCAAAGACCCACUUCACCUACAUCACCGCCCCCUUCUCCAAGAAAAUUAGAAAAAUCGCAGGUGCCAUCCUUUGGAGUUACCCUGCCGGGGCUGACAAAACCAUUAUGUUUCGAUCUGCCCAUGGUGUCCGGCAAAAUGUACAACCUAAUCGACAUGUCAGUGCCUACAACAGGUUAUUCCCUGCAUGGCCGAUUUGGAACAAACAUGAUUGAGAGAGUCACUGUUUUUGAUGAACAGAGUACGUCAAUUGAUGCCGACCCUACUGAUGUUACUAAAGCACCUGUUUACCAGAAACGCCUUGGCACAACUUCAGUGGCUGUUAAAAACACCCCUCUUGGCUUACAGUUCUUAGCAACUUUUUCAAAAACACGAACCAACUUGAACGGAGUUUUAGCUAUUUGGAAAGAGUACGGCGGCAAGUUUGUUGACAUUAUAAUGGAGUCUGGUGGUUUUGUUACCUACAUAGAGAUAACAUCAACGAGUGGGUCUCAAACGGUUCUCAAGGCAACUACAAAAGAGUUUGGUGACGGAAUAUGUUGGUAUUUGGACAAUGAAUCUGUAAAACGAUUUUAUACAAAUAUGUCUCAAUUUGAACUGAGUGCGCCAUAAUAUAAUGUAUGGUGUGAUUUAUUAUUAAGAUGCUAUCAAUUCAAGUUGAAUAAAAUUAAAA